CCCACCUAUUUCUAACAUAAACAUACAUUCAGCACACACACACCGACACACACACUGACACACACACACACACACCUUGCUCUCAUCCUGCAGCCAAUAAGGGCCUGAUGAGCUCAAGUAUCAGUAUAACACAAGGACUUAUUCUCUGAGCCCAGCCUGAAGAUUCUUACAGACCUUCAUCUUCAUCGCCUGAGGAGCCUCUCGUCCUGUCUGAGGUAAGAUCCUCGCUGACUGACAGAUGGACGCCGUCCCUGAUCCCCCUCACUAACACUGAACCUCGUCUUUCUCUCUGUUGGAAAAGACCGAAUCUGCUGCUUUUGUUUGACGAUAAGGAGAAGGACGCACAGGUGUGACUUAAGAGGGGGAGAAAACCCCCUCAGAGCUCCAUCUGUGCCCCCGACGGUGUAACCUCAGGAGGGUCCGAACAGACAGACAUGUUCUGCUGCAUGUCAGACACGUGUAGUUUAUGUCUGAGGCUGUUAACAGUCUGUCUGAGGAGCAGGGCUCCGAUUUCUGCAGACCAGAUGAUCUUUACAGGUUAAUAAAAAUGUCACAUAGACAAACCAAACCGUUGGCUUUUAAAUAGAAAAUGACAACCUAGAUUCCUUCAUCUUUCAGGGACAUAAAUCUAGUUUAAAAAAACGGUUCGAAGGAAACAGCUGAAUUAUCAAGUAAUGAAACACAAAUAGAGUUCAGCGUGGAGCUGCCAAAAACCAGACCACCCAACUCUGAUCGGUUUUCUGAGCAGAUUCUCCAAAUGUCACAAAUUUAAAAGUAUAAAUUAUAGAAAUUCAACUCUGAAAGUAUAAAUUCUGUGUGUGUCCCAUCUCUUUACUUUAUCUCCUCUCAGUUUUAGUCCACUCAGAGUCUUUAAAUAGUUUAGUAACUCUCCAAGGUCCAUUUACAGACUGGCUAACCUGCAGCUUAGUUUGUGCUCGAGUCCUGCAUGCAUAAAAAAGGAGUUUGUUAAAUUGUCAAACACAGACUUCAGAUUGCAGAGAUGUGACUGAUCAGACUGCAACAUGCAACAAAUCACCCAAACCAGAGCGGAAGCUGCUUCUCUGUGCAGAUUUUUGAUGCCUGACACUCAGUUUCUCAUUUACUCAAAAACUUUAUUCAAAUCUUUUGUCCCUGAAUCCAUUUUCUUUUGUGUGUGUGUGUGUGUGUGAUGUAAAUGUUUAAAAAUAACCACGAGGAGACACGUGAGACACGUGCUCGCUCUCACAGUCAUCCUGGUGCUUAUUUGACAAAAGCAGAUGCCAAACAGUCGGAUUUCUUCUCCAUAUUUCUGAUUUUCAAUCUCAGGUUCUGCAUGCAUCAUACAGUCUUCUCCACCUGAGACCCCUCGCCUUCGUGUUGAACUUUGAAAUGAUACCCCGCCGCAGUCUUGACCUUAAAAUGAGGCCAAGAUGUUGGAGUUAUGAUGUUGGAGGUGGUGGUGAUGAUGUGUAAGGUGUGUACAUCCUUCAUACAGUCGUCUCUCUCUCUCUCUAUAGAAGUCAGACUGAUGUGAGCCGUCUUUAAAUUCGGCUCGGGUUUCAAUCUCGGCUAAAUCUGCUCUUGAUUGGCUCGGGAUUUGUCGUUGGUCUGCCAUGUCACCUGUUUGUUCAGUCUUAAAGUGUCAGCGCCGAGUUUUGAUUUCAGAAAAGACCCAGAAACACUUCUCAGCAUCCGCUGCUCUCAUCUUGAAGAAAUGAAGUGGCCUUCCACUAAAUAUACUGAGUGCUGAAGUGUCGGUAUGUACUGAGCGAAUGCUGGACACACAGAGGUGAGGGCGCUGUCAGCCCUGAGUCGAUCAAAGAGGAGCUCAUUUGUUGGACCAGGAUGCUGAUUGGCUGCCUGAGCCCAGGGAUCCUCCCGCUGGACCGAGCCGGGGGAUUAAAGCAGCUAUUUGGACACCGUUCCUCAGCUGAUGGGGAGAAAUCUGAUCCAGAACUAAUCCUCUGAGUCCUCUGCAGCUGUGCCCACUGCUAAGUGUGAAGGAGUCAUCCAAAGACACUUUAUAUAUAUAUAUAACAAAUCAGACCUAUAUGGGAGAAAUCUGCUCCAACAAAGAUGCUCCUCAGCUCCAUCAGGAGGAACUUUGGAGACUCAGGUGGACUGAGGAGGUGAACAGGCGUCAGUUUUAUGAAGUGUGAGAGCUGCUGUUGAAUCCAGUGAAGAAGAGUCAGUUAGAGGAGAUAAAUCUGAUGGAGAGGAGCUGGAAAAAGACGAACUCAGGUUUUUGGUCCCUAACCCCUUAGAGAGACUUUAAGUCCUCAUUGGAGAGAAAACUGGUUCAACUUUAGACCAGGACUCUCCCUGAAGCUCAGUCUCCAUUCAGCUGGAAAAGAUCAGAAACUUCAGUUUUAAUUUAAAUUAGUUUAAAGUUAGGAUAACAGUUUCUGCUUCAGAACAAUAGAGCUGAUCCAGUUCAGUUUGUUCUCUGGACUUCAUACAGUGAGCAGGUCUUUAGGUGGACCAGAAUCCUGAGGGUGAGACAAAUAUGACUCUAACUAUUUUUAUUUUAAUAUUAAUAUAAUGUAAGAAAAAGAUCCUUCCCUGACAUCUAACAUACAUCUAAAAAAAAUUAAAUAGAAGUAAAAAAAAAAAAAAGUUUUUCAUGAACAUUUUUCAUAUUUUUCUUUCUAACAACAAAUGUGCAAAAAACAGAACUAUAACAUUUAAUAAACACGUAAACAUUGUUAUUUUCCUGGCGUUAAAAAAAAGGUUUGAGGAAGAAUUCACCUGACCUGAUACCCCCCCUCAAAGACUUGUUCCCUUUCCUCAUUGAUGUCUCCUUGCUUCCUUCUACCUCGUCCUCCUGUGUCCUUUUCCCAUCAAAAAAUGACAAAUGAAUAAAUAAGUAACUUUAUUGGAGAUAAACACAAAGGAAACACUUUAGAUAACAAUAGAAAUGAUAAAAAAUAAAACUGUAAAUAAAUAAAGGAAAUCAGGGGUAUAAAUACAGAUAUUUUAUAACCUUACACAUGUGUAUUCUGUCUUAUGUUUGGGUAGGAACACAAACGUCUGGUUCUUGUUUUUAACGAGAAUUAUCUUAAAAAGACAUUUUUCAGGUGAAUAUGGAUUAAAUUAAACACAAUAAGAACUUUUUUUUACUGAAAUUUGACUGAAAAACUUGUAAGUUUGAAGUUUCUGAUUUCACAAUCAUUAUCUUUUAAAAUUACCUUAAAAACGUUAAAAAACUUGACUUUAAAUAAAACCAGAAUAAACCAGGAAAGAGAGAUAGUUGGACAGAAAUAAAAAAAAACUAAUGAAUUUUUGAAGAAAAAGGAAAUUAUGAAAAUAGAAUUUAAAAAGGAAAUAAAAACUGAACAACAAACAGAGAAUUAUUCAAACAGUCACAUAAAUAAAUCAGACGUUUCCCUUUGUUACUGUCACAGACCAUAAAACCAUAAUCACAGACUAUAAUAGACUCUUAGACGGUCAAAAAUCCGUAAAGGUUUCAGGUUUUAGUCAGAACCCGUUUACACAGAUCCUAUUAGAGGUCUUUGCUGGUCCUUUUGGUGCAGGAUGGGACUGGAUCAGGAAACUGUCCUGGAAGGAGAGGCUCUUAAAUUUAUCCUGGCCGUCUCUUUUUUUAGGACCUCAGCCUUCGUAUUUGUGUUGGAUGAUUUCAUGUCCUGCUAAACUGAGUGUCCCUCUGUUGGCCGUCCUCACAGCAGCAGCAGCAGCUCUAUCACGUCUUCUUCACACUGUCUUUUGGCACCCACUUCAUACCCACUUCCUGCAGUUUACUGUUGCUUUGUUUUCUUCACUUUGGUAGAUGUCUCCUUCACUAGAUCCCUCUCUUCUUCUGUCCUCUCUCUGCUGAUGACUUAAACCCUCGACUCUGAUGGAUUUGGACUGUUUUUUUUCCCAUAAACUUGAUAUUAAAGUUGGUCGGUUUAAAUCGUCAUGGUUACAUCUUCGUCUUAAAAGCGUCUUGAGUCCCUGCAGCUGGUCUCGCGUGUUGUCUGUAAUGUCUGUAAAUGUGGACAAAGUGAGAACACCAUCAGGAGGACCGGGUGCUAAAAAUGGCGCGGCGGUCAUAAGUGAUGAUGACAGUUUAUAUGAAGUGGACUUGUAUCAGAUUCUCAUGAGUGGAAAAAAAGAAGAUCAGAGCUCCGGGCCAGCUGAGUAAACACUCGCAGAGGUGAUGGGGCUGAGUGUGAUAAUGCUGCAGUGAGGACAGACUCAAUGUGCUGCAACUUCAUCAUCUCAUAAGAGGAGGAGGAGGAGAAGGAGGAGGAGGAGGAGGAGGAGGAGGAGGAAGAGGAGCGAACAGAGGAGACUCUUCGGAAGAAACAAGUUCAAGUCUGGCUUCAAAAUCUCAAACAUAGAAACACUUCAGGUAGAUUUGGGGGUCACACAGGUGGUUCUUCUUCACUUAUUCCUCCCUCAUUUGGAAACCUGGUGUUCGGUUCUGAGUCCAUUUGCCUUGUGUUUUUGCUCAAUGAACGGGGUCUAUAUUAUCCGAGUCCAGUAAAAGACAGAAUCAGGUCCACAGAGACCCCGGUGUCCUCUUCUUCUCCCAAAGCUGCGUGCUCUUGCUCAGACGUGGAUCCAUCUUCAGGUUUUUACACACUGACUCUAACCCGGGGAUUUCACUGGAUCCGGAUCCAGGCGGAUCAAAUAUGCAAGCAUACAGCGCACACUGGAUCCAAUCGAGGAGAAGCGCUCGCAAGAUUACCCAUAUUUCUCUGGUGUUUCCCCGUGAGACACUGAAUAAGAUCUGCUGACACCAACAUCCCACAACCCUGGCCUCUCCUAGAACAGUUCAAUGGAUUGACGUUAUUUUAUUUUGAAAAUUAACCGAAUAUUUUACUCUGUAGCCGAAUAAAACUUCCUAAAAAUAGAAGUCUUGCGUAUCCUUGAGAGCCGGACGGCGGACGGAUUCUGUGGAAUGACUCACAUUGAUUAUAAUGUUUGCGUAUUUGAUCCACCUGCUGUUCUGGAUAAUGUGGGUUUUAGCCGUUGAGGUCUGACUUCAGUGUGCACCACGGUGAGAGUCUGAAUCUGAGUUCAUGUGUCUUUGUCGAUGAGAGGAGAACCACAACUUCAGCCUCACUGAUGGAUGUAAAAUUUCACUCUGAGUGAAAGUUUGGACUUGGUGAGCAAAGUUUCCGUCCAAACCUGAAUCCCUGUGUAAAAACUGGGUUUUAAAUAAAAGAAGUAUGACGGUGAUUCAGUUUGACUCUGUUAAAGAAGAGUAAAUUUAUCAGAAGUUGAAGGUUUCUGUGUUUAUUUUCUGCUCAGCUCUGGUUUGGGUUAAAAACUCUUAAAUACAGACGGAGGUCAAAUGCUUGAGGGUCCUUUUAGUCAAACGAUCAGGUCUCAUCGGCUUUUGUCUUUCAUCGCAGUUAUGAUGAAGUUGAAGCUUCUAUUUUAAUCAGAAUUAAAUAUUUAACACAAUUUGAUUAUUGGCUUCAAGCGUCACUUCUUAAUAAUCAAUCAAACUCGAUCAUCGAUCAGCGUGUCUGAACCCCGUCAGUGUUUUUCCCUCCAACGCCGAGCCUUCACAUUUUUACUAAAGACGCUUUCACCAAAAUAACCUGCAGCAGGAGUUGUUGGUAUUUCUGCAGCGGAACGGCUGUCUCUGUCGGGUUUGACCUUUGACCUUUUCAUAUCCACACAGUCUCCGUGUUGCUAUUUCAACCCCGUCAACCAACCAGGCUCUUUGUCUUUUCCCUCAGGUGUGAAGUCUACUGUCACCAUGUCUGACACUGAGGAAGUGUGAGUCCGCCCCUCACUGUCCACAUCAACACACACACACACUCACACACACACUCACAAACAUAAACGUGUGUAACUAACUUCUGGUCUCUUUCUCUCUUUUUUCAGGGAUCAGCUCGAGGGUAAGUCCCCACCCCUCCGUUUGUUUUAUUUCUUAUAAAGUGACAUCUAGACGGUGUUUUCUAGACUGCCUGUCUCUGAUGUUCAGCUUCUCUCUGUAACUCUGUGUGUGAGAGGUUCUGUGUUCACAGACUUGGAGGUGAACUUUGACCCCAGUCCUCCAGUCUUCUCUGUAUUGAUGAGAGCGCCAACAGAACCAGAAGCUCGUUUUCCACUCUUUACUUUUCUUACACAUCUGUCCUGAUAUAACGGGUCAGGAAGUGCUUAAAGCCUGGUUCAUGAUUCGGUAUCAGACUUCCACUGUGGGUCCAUGUAGCCCUGGUACCGGUACCAGCACAGACAGAGCCCUGCACACUUGCAGCUUCUUGAAAAUAGAUCUGUGCAUUAAUAGACUGUUUGUAGUGUGACUGUCUUCCUAGUAUCGACACCGUCCCCCACAGUUAGGGCUGGGCGAUAAAACGAUAAAUAUAGAAAAUUAUCGAUAUAAAACAUGAUCAAUAUGCUUUUCAAUAGUCGUCAUUCUGACAUGUUUUGGUCGACUAUACGAACAGCCAAUGAAAAGGGGCGUGUCUCCGGGUCUGAACCAAUCAUGUUCUGAAUUAGAACCAGUAGAACCAUGUUUUCGUAGCAGACAGCAGCUCCACCCAACCAUAGCACUUUAACAGGUGAAGCCGACAGCACUGUUGGUGAGAAACAAAGAAAAUGAGUGCUACCCCCGACAGAAAUGACCAUGAAGGCUCAUCGUCCAGCCCCACCCACAUCCUCUCAGCUCUGAUGGCGCCGACUCUUUCAGCAGAGUCGGUGCAGAAGCAUAAACCGGGCUUUACACUGUCGGUUCUACAUGUAUUUGGAGAACUAUGAUUGUACAGAACAUAUAUCAGGGAUGCACCGUGUGUUUUACUGAACAGACAGAAUUGUAAUCAAUUAAAAAAAAACUGCUGUUAUGCUGUUCAUUUUGUGUUUUUGUGGAUCAGACUUCUGUCAUGCAGGACAGGUCUGCAGAGCUGUGGGAAAACUCUACUGUUGGCUAAUUAGCACUAUUGCGCCCUCUGUUAGUCGCUGCAGGUACUGCGGUUUCAUUCUUCUUCAGUAUUUUUUCCUUUGAGGACUUUUGUGAUAUCUGCAGCCAGGACUGGGCGGUUAUAUGAUGGUGAUAAAUUUCAGUUUAAACACGGUGAUCAUCUGUGAGUAUAUUCACUCGCUCAAACAUGGCCGAAAUGUGCGUCACAACAGCCAAUCAGAGUCGAGCUUUUCCUGCUCAGUUCUUACCAGAGAAGUAAACAGAAUGACCGAACGUGGAGCUGAAUGUGGAGCUGAGGGCAGCAAAGUAGACGUCAGCCGUGACUUUUAUCCUCUGAGGAUGUUAUUGUUGAGAAGAAAAGUUAUUUUAUUAUUAUUAUUAUGUUUGACGUCGAGCAAUUACGCCGAUGUGUAACGUAUGUCGGCGGUUGGUGCCCUCAAAAAACAGCAACACAACAGAUCUGUUUCAUCAUUUGAAGAAGUUCUUCCGAGUGGAAGCAUGAAAACAUGGGCGGAGUCUGUACAGCCUGUCAGUCAGUCCGUUUCCAUGACACUCAAGAAAACCGAAUUAUCGCCUUAUUCCGAUGAAGACUGGACAACUGAAGGUCAUGUAAACACUUUAGUCCGACUAUAAUCUGAGUUUAAGAACUCUGAUUAAGACACUCAGAUAAUGGGAUUGGAAUAAAAUUUUCUCGACCAUGUAACCAGCGUAGUCGGAGUAUGACGCCACGCCCCCGUAACCCCAUAACAAAACCCCCAGAGUAGAGGAGUAGCGUUGGUCUCCUCUUUAGAAAAAGUAGCGCGUCCAUCAUGUCGGACAAAAACAACGCUGUACGAUGCUCCAUCUUCUUGUUUCUCCAAAAUGCCCAGCAGCAGUUGUAGACACUUCUGACGUCUGACACCGACCUGCUGUUGUUGUUGACGGUUGGAUGGGGUCGGAAACAGCGCCGCUGAAAAGACCCAUAUCGCCCCCUAGUGUUGGGGAGGAGGACACGUUCACGUCAAUAAUUCCAUUUUCUCAGCUGCAUGUAAACGAGGACAAAGAGAGACUUAAUCAGCUUUUUUUUCAUUGGAUAAAACUUUACGAUCAGAUUAUCUCCUUCUGAGAACGACGGUGUCUCAGUCCAGUAUAUACGGUGCAUCCCUAACAUAUGAUCAUUGACAGCACUUUACAGUUAAAAGGGAAUAACUGUGUGGAGAUGAUUGAAACUGUGAAAUAACUCCGUCUUAUAUCUGUUUUUGUUGUCCCACCUCCCGACUUGCCGACGUGAAGAGGAGGAAGGUAAAAACGACCACAUGGAUCUAAGACUUCUGUCCAUCGCACUAAUUUGUCAGCUACCUGAUUUCAUGCUUAAGUUGAAAUGUUUGACUCUAUGCAGGAUAUCUCUACGUUCUUACAGAUCUAGGUUAAGACGUACUUUGAUGAAACCUCUGCUGUUCUGUGGGUAAAAAUGUUAAUUUAUAGAUUUUAGAGUUUAAGAGUUUCUAGAGUGUCUUUACUGUCGCUGUCGGCUCUUCCAGUUUAAUAGGACGAUUAUUCUCUCCAAAGCUAACCGGCUAAAACGCAGCUGUCAGUCAAACAUUUCAAGUUAAGGGUGACCUUCACCGACUGAGUGAUGUCUUGAAUCACAUGGUGGAGAAAAUACUGUGGAGGAGCUUCUGCAGAUACUUUCUCGACAUGUGACAUGGUUACAUCGUCAUCUGUAAAUGUCAAACAUCAGCGCGAUCGUCAUCGACCUCAUCCACACAGCGGCCAUAUUUACACCCGUGGAGGAGGGAAACGACCUGGAGGUUUGAACGAUAGUUUCGCUUUUAAUCGACCAGUAAAGAAAAUGUUCACGGUAACGGUACGGAGGCAGACUGGGGAUGUUUUUGUCCCUCAAACUUGAAUGUUACCCUGACGACGAGUCAAGAGUAAAACGUUGAAUCGAAAAAUCUCCAGGUGGUCGACCUCCUCAGCGGUUCUAUACGCCCUCUGUGUGAAAGGUCGGAUGACUUCCUCUCAUCAUGGUCAUCAUCAUCAUGUGUUUCUCUCUCUCUCCAGCAGCUCUGUCCCUCGCUCACCCAUCAUCCAUCCUCUCUGUAACUGCAGUAAUCUUCUCUCACUGUUGGUUUCUAAUGGCUCUGUCAUGUCUGUGGUCUUCAUUAACGGCCUCUCCAACACCCUCCCUCUUCCCGGCGGUUUGGUGCAUGCUGCGUGUCCGUAGCCCAGGAGGAGCUAGUAGAAGUAGAAGUAGCCCCUGAGGCGGAGACCAAGGUAGAGGCAGAGCCUGAGGUAGAGCCUGAACCAGAACCAGAGCCAGAACCAGAACCUGAACCAGAACCUGAGCCAGAGGUGGAGGAGGAGGAGGAGGUGGUUCAAGAGGAGGUUGAAGGUACGUGGCAUGGGCACUGCGUUCAUCCUUCUCCACGAAGACAUUCAGCUGUUCUCAGUACGCCAGACAGGCCCGUCAACACCAACACGCCGCAAAACAAACCGAAGACGAGGAGGACAAGUCCAGUUUUAAUUCUGUUCUGAUCCGAAGAAAGCCCGUCUAAAUAUUGGAUCAAAAACAACUCCUGUAGAAGCUAACAAACGUGUUUGAAAAGUUCGUGAGUUCUUCACGUCGUAGCUCGAGACUUCGCUAACAGUAAAUAUCGAACAAACCUGCUUUUACUCCCCAGAUCAUGUCAUAAAAAGAUUCGUCAACCUCUUGAUUUAGUUUUGUUAAUCCAAGCUCAACAAAAACAACGCCCUGAGAUAACUUAGUCGCUAGCGUUCACCAUCUGUAGAUAACAAAGUUCUCCUGAUUGGAUGAAUCUCGUCAUGACCAGAACAGCUCCUCCAAAAACAGAGAAUAUCUUUAUUUUCUCCGCAAACUAACUUUGGUUAUUCAGGAGCCCAAAGUAAGAAUUUCCAAUUUAACAGGUGACCACUGUCAUUUUUUAAUAAUCCCCUAAUUUACCUCCUUAUUGGCGUAAAUCAUAUCAAACUCAUUCAUGCUCCCAAGAGGUCGAACCGUUUCUGUUUAGGACCCUUUAAAGCGAGAUAAGCCCAGUUUUCCUUCACUGUCCUUCUCUAAACGGGUUUUAAAGUUUAUAGCCCUAGAAAUAAGAAAACUAGAUACUGAAGAACGACACUAUCAGAUCGGUGUAUUGCCCCUUUAUUCUCAGUCUAGUUUGCAUGCACACCUGCAGCAUCAACGUCGGGACACGUCCAUACUCCCCAUCAUCAACGCCGACACCUCUCCAACACACAUUGACUUGGUAGAUGAGCCUGGCAUGAUAAAGUCGGUGUGUGUUGCACUUUAGACCGGUUCUCCUGAAGAACUCUAAAGUGCCUGAUGGUGUUUGUGGGUCUCCUGAUGGAGCCGCUGAACACCUGACUUUAGUUUUCAGAGUGCACUGUAGUAGUCCACAUGUGAGCUUUGCUUCAUGAAAGGUCCACGGUUAUCACAUCUCCAUCAGUGUCAGCUGACAUGUCCAAACAUUCGGUCCUGGUACCGCUCAGAUGUGUGUUCUGAUGUUGAGCUGUGCAUUUCACUGUUGGAAGGGAGGAAAAGAAAACCAGCUGACUUUUACAUGAAUAAACUAUCCCACAUGAUCAUCUGCUGCCUUCAACACGUUUGCUUCUUUCACACUCUUGUUUCCAUCGAUGACACUUUGACAAACCGUUGUGUUUUGGUUUUGAAGGCCGAUGCACUUCAGAUGUCGGGUAGUUUCACUCAUGUAAAAGCUUUUUUUUUUGCCUCCCUUCAUUUCAUGUUUAGUUUCUUUCUUUCUAUGCUUAGAUAAAUUGUGAUAUCGGCAAACUGCUCUCAAACAUUUACAUUGGGGUGUUUUGAUGCUGAGCUUUCAUCGUCUCUAUUUCAGUUUGAGUGAAUGAGAUGGAGACGCUGCAGAAGUCCCAGGCUUGACUUGAAGCUUAUGCUGGUCUCAAAAAGACCGAGUCAACAAUUCAGAUUUAUCACGACACAUGUUUACUCAUUUAUUUACAUUUAAAUCAAGGAAAAGUCGAACUCUUUGGAUUCUAAUAUAGAGACCCCGACCUAGGCCCCGUUUAUAGGUACACGGUUAUUUUUAAAAACGGAGACAUUAACCAUCGUUUGCACCCUUUGUUUAGACGCAAACAGAGAAUUCGUCCCUGAAAACGAUAUUUUUUAAAAACUUUAGCCAAACUGAGAUUUGGGUAAUCGACGGCAGAUUAUGUGCCGGAAAGAAGGAAGUGACAUUGUUGUUGUUGCUGCGGGAUCGAUUGGCUAACAUGGGCUUGAGCUCCUCGCUACACUGCCACCUACAGGUUUGGCAUAUUCUUGACAGCAUAUAUACACGGGUUAGUGUAAACAAAAACUUCUCUGAAAAUGUAGUGGUGUGCACGCAGUUUUUCUGUUAACUGAGAGGGUGAAACGUCUGUUUAUGAAAAUAGGCACAUGUAAACGGAGUCUUCAUCUUCCACUGAGCUGCCUGUUGUCGUCCUUCAGUCGUAUUUGUUCACCUCUCUAAAGGAGAAAGAAAGAAGGAUGUACUCAGGAUCUCUGUUUAUCAAUACAUAGUUUUAUUUUUAUUCCACAUUUCCUAAAAGAGGCGGUAGUCCAACUGUCGUAAAUCCUCUUUGAUAAGUAGUGAUAGAUUUCUUAGUAAAAUUCGUCCAUGUUUUCUCCAAAGAACUUCAGUCCCAUGAAACAUAAUCCAGUGAAAGCCGCUUCCGUGAUGUCCAGACCAACCACAAUCUUCUACGUCCUCCGAACCAACUUUCAGCCAAUCAUAUAACAGGAUGUCAUCAAUAGGCGCCGCCCCCCGAGCCGACCUGGUACCUACACAUCUCCACAGUGUUUUCAAAGGAGACUCCUGGUCAUUCAGGACUUCAUAUCCUAUUAUAUCCACGGGGUACGGUCAGCUGACUCAUUUCAGCUCAUAAGUACAUUAGAGUAUCGUCUGCAUAACAAUGUAAUAUAUAGUGCUUCGAUAUGAAAUGACCACAGAGAGACAAAGGGGUUUUAUACAACUGUGCAUGUUUAGAGAUCAUAAAGACUAAGGUUAACCUCUGAGCUCUGAUUUACUCAAAAUAAGAACAGGAGCGAUGUUACGUUAGUGUCAGUAAACAUGAAAACGUGAAAGUCAUGUGACCAGACGAGAAGUUUAAAGUCGCAGGAUUAUUCCGAGGAAUGCUUCAUGGACUUCUGCAGCGUUUGCCAUGAUCUGAAAAUUCCUAAUUUGAAGAAAAAGAAAAACCCCAACCUGGUAAAUGUGCUUCAUAAGCUGUGCUCCAUAAAGAGGACAGGACCGAGCCGCCCCGUCCCACCUCUAAUGAUCUCUGUUCUGCUCUUGCUUUGGACGCUUGCUGCAUGCAGACGCCUAUGAAGAGGAAGGUAUGUCCACUUGUCUUCUCUAUUCUUCUUCUGAUUUGGACCUGUGUCUGUUGUCCUGUAGACCGGGGACUCUGGGUUCACAUCUUUGUCACAUAUUUGAAUGAUUCAGCAUACUGUUGCUUUUCGCACUGAUCUCCCUGUAGAGAAAGGCAGAAUUCAAUGUUUGCUUUAGUCUCUGCGAUCCAACAGAGACCAGGACCAGGACCAGGGUGCAGGUUUCAAAGCUGCUGCUGCUGCUGAGUCCUGCUGGUCACAGGCCCCCCCAUCGCUCAUCUCUGCUUCUUCUCUUUUUUGCAUGAAUGUGUCCUGCCAGUGGACGAGGGAGAUCAAGAUGGUAGUUUGUAUUUCCUGCUGAGUCGCUGUUGCUUUGCCUGCGUUUUUCUCCUCCCGUGUUGUCCGUGUUUUUAUUUUCCUGUGAAGGUCCAAUAAUCAAAGCUAAUCACAGAGUUGGUGAUUUACGUAUGUGUCAAACUCCCGGCUGUGUGAAAUGACCAUUCACACCGAUUAACAGUAAUUCUGCCGUCACACUCUCCCUGUUGUUGUGUCCUGAAGUCUGUUCAGAAACGUUCGACACAGUUCAUGUGAUUUAUGACAAACCGUACUGAUAAUAAAUCCUCCUUUGUUCUGAUUUACUCACUAAUACACAAGAAUUAACAACGUUUACUAGAGAGACGUGUUAGGGUACAAUAUUUACUGACUGCACCUGAGAUCAGAAAGACCCCCCUCCCCUCGGUGAAACAAAGUUUGGCCUUUUUAAGACUCACCUAAAUGACGUCUGUGAACCAACCUGCAGCCCUCAGGUGUGACUCACUCUGUCCAAACGGAUCCCCUCCCCAUUAACCAGCAGACUUAAAGGGAUAUUCCGGCGUAAAAUUAAUUUAAGGUCAAACCCACCGUAACACCGAGUUAGACCCCCCCUCCAGAGAUGAAUGUUGUCGACCGCUUGCUUCUCUAGUUAUACCAACUUUAGUAACGACCGCAGGAUAGAAAUACAGAGAGCCACGCCCUCAACCAAAACGCCACUCUAUAGCCACAAAUAAUGCUCAGAACAGCACCUAACUUCAUCAACAGGACAUAUAGGGUCACAGACAUAGUACUAUAUUCAGAGUUGUUCUAACUCCUAAGAAAACAUAAACUUAAGUGGGGGCGUUUCUCCACCUCUGUAGUCUAUAAGCUGGGCCAAUAAACUUCUACUGUAGUAAAAUAAAAAGGUAAAGGUGUUUUUAUUGAGCCGAAUUAUCAAUAAAAUCAUGAUUUUGUUAACAGGUAUGGAUAUAUGUGCUGUCGAGUUAAUAUAUUUGAACAAGAGCACAGUAAAGUUAAAUCAGAUAAUUUUCCAAUGAGGUUCUGUUACUGAACAAAACUACACCAUGUUCUACUGAGGUUAGUACAUAUAGGGUCACAGCCAUAGUACUAGACACCAAACAUCUUUUUAACUUUGACUCAUUUCUUUAGCAAAGAGACUAAACACAACUCACCUACUCUCUUCCAGCAGACGCUUGUUUGUAGGGAGACCUCAGGCCAGUCCAUUACAGACUACAGCGGGGUGAAGCAGCUCAAGGAAGAACAUUUACGAUCAUUUCUUUAUCAUUUCCUUGAAGUAAUAAUCAUCAUAUUAAUCAUUUUACAGACGCGGUAGUUCUUCUGUCUCAGCGUCUCGGUCUGAUUGUAUUUCCAUGAAGAAAUGAUCAUAAAUGUUCUUCCUUGAGCUGCGAAACUUUGCUGCUCUCGGUGAUCGACUCGUCAGGGCUCCCCUACAAACAAGCGUCUGCUGGAAGAGAGUAGGUGAGUUGUGUUUAGUCUCUUUGCUAAAGAAAUGAGUCAAAGUUAAAAAGAUGUUUGGUGUCAAGUACUAUGUCUGUGACCCUAUAUGUACUAACCUCAGUAGAUCAUGGUGUAGUUCCGUUCAGUAACAGAACCUCAUUGGAAAAUUAGCUGAUUUAACUUUACUGUGCUCUUGUUCAAAUAUAUUAACUCGACAGCACAUAAAUCUAUACCUGUUAACAAAAUCAUAAUUUUAUUGAUAAUUCGGCUCAAUAAAAACACCUUUACCUUUUCAUUUUACUACAGUAGAAGUUUAUUGGCCCAGCUUAUAGACUACAGAGGUGGAGAAACGCCCCCACUUAAGUUUAUGUUUUCUUAGGAGUCAGAACAACUUUAAAUAUAGUACUAUGUCUGUGACCCUAUAUGUCCUGUUGAUGAAGUCAGGUGCUGUUCUGAGCAUUAUUUGUGGCUAUAGAGUGGCGUUUUGGUUGAGGUUUGUUUAUGGCUCCUCAGACCGCUGUGUAUUGCUAUCCUGCGGUCGUUACUCGGCAACAUUCAUCUCUGGAGGGGGGGUCUAACUCGGUGUUAUGGUGGGUUUGACCCUGAAUUAAUUUAUGUCAGAAUAUCCCUUUAAACCCUCGUCUGUCACGGCGGUGUUUCUAACUGCUUCCUCUCUUUCUUCUUCUCUCCUCUCUCCUCGGUGGACGCUGACGCUCAGAGGAGAAGCCAAAGUUCAAGUGAGUGUUUCUCUCGUCUCUCUGUUUGCGUCUGAACUUCGACUCCUCAGAGAUUUGCAGUUUUAAUUUAAAGAUGAUUUCCGUCCACAGACCCUCUGCUCCAAAGAUCCCUGAUGGUGAGAAAGUGGACUUUGAUGUAAGUCAAAUUUACUCCGAUCUGGAUUUACAUAGACUCCUUUAAAGUCAGAGAUCAUGUUGAAUAAACUGGUGUGAAGUUGGCUGUCUGAAAGACACUCACUUUCAGUCAACAUACCUGCCCAGUGCCCAGAAACGAAGCAAAGGUCACUCCAGGUCACUGACCUUUACUCUCUCCAUCAUGAAAUCACAUUUUCAGACUUUAGUUCAUCUCUGGAUGAAACGGAUGGAUUAGGAUGAAAACACAGAGGAAAUAUGAACUUAUUUGGCUGCAUCAUAAAUAAUUGUUAAUGUUAAUUUCUUACUUAUUAGACUGAUGACAGAUAUAUGGGUCUGUUAAAAGAAAACCUUUUGCAUCAGUCUGAUUGAAUCUGGACUUUAAAAACACAUGAACAUAUAACUCUGAUUGAAAAUGUUCUAAAUCAAACUUACAUACCAGGAUAACUGGGCGUAGAGUUUUACCAUCAUGUCUGCACUCUUCGAUCUGACUGAAACCAGACUCAACGUACCGCACACUCUCUCUCCUGGUUACACGACCCUGAAGUCAAAAAACAGGAAGAUAAAACCUCAACAGACGAAGACGAAGGACAUGAAAACGAUGAAACUGUAACAGCGUGUAAAUGAAGGAGACGAGAGUCUGAUAAUGACCGUGUUUACACUGUUUAACGUACUUCCUGUUUGCAGCUCGCUAACGUGACUUUAGGUCAACCAGGAGACGAGUGGAGGAAGACAUGCUCCUGGUGAUAACUGGAUUCUUGCUCAGUGCUUGUAAACAGGGACAAAGACAGUAGUUUAGUUAAAUCAGCUGAUCGAGGUGAAUCAUGACCUACUUAGAUAAAUACAGAGGAGAGAAUCAUAACAAACACGGCUGAGGUAGAGAGGUGAACUAACUCAGAGUGAGUCUGAGGGUUUACACCUCUGUCUGACAGAGCUCUGAUGUUCUGGAUCCUUCUGAUGUUUCUGUUUUUGGACCUCUCCUACAGGACAUCCAAAAGAAACGUCAGAACAAAGACCUGAUCGAGCUGCAGUCUCUGAUCGACGCUCACUUUGAGUGCAGGAAGAAGGAGGAGGAGGAGCUCAUCGCUCUCAAAGAAAGAAUCGUGAGAUUUUCACACACGGACCGUCUGAUCGUCCUACAGCGUUAUUUUAAAGAGUCGCUCCACAGAUCUACUUUCUCAUAUUUAUUCCUCUGAUCGUCCUGAUUAUCUAUCUUUUGUAAAUGAACACCAAAGUCGUGUUUUGACAUUUACUUUGUUUGGCGGUUCGUUUCAAAGGUUGUCACUGAAGAAAUACGACAGACUGCAGGAGUAACCCUCAGCGUCAUUUUCUGAUUCUGAUUUUCAGGAGAAGCGUCGUGCAGAGAGAGCCGAGCAGCAGAGGAUCCGGGCCGAGAAGGACAAGGAGCGACAGGCCAGGCGGGAGGUGAACUGUCUCCGUUUUUUAACUUUAUUUAUUUCUGUGAUCUGAGCAGUUCACACAAAAAGAAAAACACCUGUUUUUUAAAACGCCUGAUUUAGAAAUAUGAACUUUUUUACUGUUUUUCUUUCAGGCUGAGCGUAUCAGAAAGGAGGAGGCCGACGCUCACAGGAAGUACGAGGAUGAGGCCAAGAAGAAGAUCGCUCUGAGCAGCAUGGGUUCAGGCUACAGCAGCAGCCUGCAGAGGGUAGAUACAGUUUCUUUUUAGUUUUUCUGUCUAAAUUUGAAGGUUUUUCGAUCUAAAGUUGAAUCUAAGUGAAGGUUUGUUUUUGUAGAUCGAGGCGAAGAGGGGCAAGAAGCAGACCGAGAGAGAAAAGAAGAAGAAGACACUGGCAGAGAGAUGCAAACCCCUCAACAUCGACAACUUCUCAGAAGACAAUCUGAGGUAAUCCACAGAGGAGACGCAGAGAAUUAUUAUUAUAUUAUUAUUAUAUUAAAGGCCCUCUGCUGAAACACCUCAUAAUAAACAUUAGUUAGUAAAGGCUGUUAUAAACGCUUAUUAUUAUUACUUGUAAAAGUUGUUAUAAAGAUUUAAAACUGCAUUUAAAAGGUUUAAUAAAUGUGCUUUUUAUACGUUUUAAAUAAUAAUAAAUAAUAAAUAAAUAAUAAUAAAUAAUAAAUAAUAAUAAAUAAUAAAUAAAUUAUAAUAAAUAAUAAUAAAUGCUGAAAAACAAUAAAAAUGUCACCAAAAAGUUUAGAGUAAAAAAUAAUUGGAUCAAAGUCUCACGUGAUUAUAAAGAUUUUAGUUUAUUUUACUGUCAAAUACAUGAUUUUGGCACCAAGAGGAAACUUUUAACCAGAACUUUCUUUAGUUCUGUGGGAAAAUGGAUCAAUUCAGGAGAAAAUAUCAGAAUAUUUGAGGUUUAAAGAGACUUCUUAAACAUUUGACUGUUUUUUUUUAUUCAUCAGUCUUUGAACUUUUACAUGCCAGACGCAAAAAUAAACAAAUAAAUCAAUCAUAGAACAAAUAUUUCAGUUUAUCUGUCUGUGACACUGAGAGGUUUUAAUAAUGAUCGUUACUUUUAUACUGAAGUGAUUGAUUUUUAACUUAAACUCCUCUGAUCGAACUUUGACAGAAACAAAGUCAGAGAAGUUGAGACAUGGUCACCACGAGUUCAGCAGAAACAUGAACUCUUCAGCAGCUUUUUCACGGAGCGUUUUUGUUUCUGUUUUUGUGUUUCUCAGGGAAAAGGCGAACGAGCUGUGGGAGCUGCUGCGCAACCUGGAGGAGAUCAAAUACGACCACUGUGAGGCGCUCAAGAGACAGAGAUAUGAGGUCAGUGAGGGAGUCAUCAGCAGACAAACACUCAUCCACCUCUAAUCUUAUUUUUUUAAUACCACAUCAAAUGUUCCUUAAAUAUUUUUACAUGAACAUGAUUUAAAAACCCUGGAUGUGCUCACAGCUGGAGUUUGUGUUUCAGGUCGUCUCUCUGAGGAAUCGUAUCGAUGAGCUGCAGAAACAGUAAGAACCUCCAUGAUGAUUAAAAAAAACUCUUAAUUCAUCAAACAGACAUUCAGACCUCCUCCCCGUGUGCAGAUCUGAUUCUGUUUUGCUCUUUGCGCCCUGCAGCAGCAAGAAGGGAGCCGCCAGCCGCCGCAGAAAGUGAGCGGCGCCCUGAGAGUGAGGGUCGGCCCCGGGGAGGAGGAGUUAACCCGGCGGUGACUUCAUCUCCCAGCAGCCUCAGAGGAAAAACACCAGCCUGUGUCUGAGCGAGUGAAAAGGUUUUCUGUUUGAACUGAUCUUCAAUAAAGUCAUUUAAAAAAUGUACUUUGAGUUUGUUUAAGAGGAAUCAGACAAUAAAGAGGAAGACUGUCA